AUGGAAAAAUAUGAAAAAAUUCGAGUCGUUGGACGUGGUGCUUAUGGAACUGUUCACCUUUGUGUGCGUCUCAGUGAUCGUAAAGAGGUCAUCAUCAAGCAGAUACCCGUGGAACAGAUGACAAAAGAUGAACGUCAGGCAGCUCUCAAUGAGGUGAAGGUACUGUCUAUGCUACACCAUCCCAACAUCAUCCAGUACUUUGAAAACUUUCUAGAGGAUAAAGCACUGAUGAUAGUAAUGGAGUAUGCACAAGGUGGAACACUGUUAGACUUCUUGCAAAACCAGAAUGGAUGUCUACUUGAAGAAGAGGAUAUCUUGAAGUUCUUUGUUCAGAUGACGUUGUCCUUGCAGCAUGUUCACUCAAAACAGAUUCUGCACAGAGAUCUGAAAACACAAAAUAUUUUGUUGGACAAAAGGAAAGAGGUUGUUAAGAUAGGAGACUUUGGAAUUUCAAAAGUUCUCAGCAGCAAGAGCAAAGCCUAUACUGUUGUUGGAACUCCAUGUUAUAUUUCACCAGAGCUCUGUGAGGGCAAACCAUACAAUCAGAAAAGCGACAUAUGGGCUCUUGGUUGUGUUCUGUAUGAGCUGGCUAGUUUGAAAAGAGCAUUUGAAGCAGCGAAUCUCCCAGCUUUGAUUUUGAAGAUUAUGAGAGGAACUUUCGCUCCGGUCUCCACCCGCUAUAGUCCUCAGUUGCGUGACCUAAUCUUGAGCAUGCUUCGCUUGGAUCCUGCAAAGAGGCCAACCCUCAGUCAGAUCAUGGCACAGCCAUUCUUGAUCAAUACACUCGUGAGCAUAAGCACAGAGUUGGGCAAAGUCAGGGUUAAACCUCCUUUGUCAAGUGUGCAGGGCAGAGGCAGAGUAUCCGCUCGAGGGGCCACGACCUCUAGAGAUAACCGGCCAUCAAAGCCACAGACGUUGAGUUGCGUCUAUUGUUGGGGUGGUGGUAUCAAUGAGCCCACAAAACUUCCACUUCCGAACAUGGAGCCGCAGGUAGUUCAAGUCUCUAGUGGUAGAACUCAGCGUGCUGCAGUGACCAAACAUGGACGGCUUUUUGUCUGGGAGUCUCAGUCACUUGCCGAAAGUCUUUUACCCGGGGCAACCGCGGCUGUCACUCCCAGUUUUGUUCCACGCUACCUUGAAGGCCAGACAGCAGUUACGAUACAGCAUGUCGCUUGUGGGGAUUUGUUCACCGCCUGUCUCACAGACCGUGGGAUUUUGAUGACAUUUGGGAGUGGACUUCAUGGUUGUCUAGGACAUGGAAACUACAAAGAUGUAUCACAGGCUAAGAUUGUGGAGGCACUGCUCGGCUAUGAAGUGGUGCAGGUAUCCUGUGGAUCAGCUCAUAUUUUAGCUGUAACCAAUGACCAUGAGGUAUUUUCUUGGGGGAGAGGAGACGGUGGACGGUUGGGAUUGGGAAAUUGUGAGCCCACCACCUCCCCACAGCCAGUGGUUGUUCCAGAAGGUUCCCGUCCGUGUGCUGUGCAUUGUGGGAUAGACUGCUCUGUCAUUCUUACAUUGGAAGGUUUUCUGUUGUGUACUGGAAGUAACAGGUUCAACAAGCUUGGACUUGACCAGAUUACUGCUGAAGGAGACACAACUCGCGUAAUUGAUGAGGUGAAGGUCUUUACGCAAGUGGCGUCUGCACCGAUCAAUAGUGUUCACACUAAAAUGGUUGCCCUAGGAACUUCACAUUCAGCCAUAGUUACAGAAAAAGGAGAGUGCUACACUUUUGGAUCAAACCAGUUUGGGCAACUUGGAGGAGUUGAAAGUGAACUUGUACCGCGUCAUCCUGCCCAGGUUGCCUUGUUACAGAGCAAAGUCAUUACCAUGUUGUCCUGUGGGGAUACAUUUACUGUGGCUGUCUCAAAAGAUAAUGAAGUAUUCACCUGGGGCAAGACAUCUCGGGGUCGCCUCGGACGUUCUCCUGAAUCUAGUCACUUGCCAAACAUUGUUGCCUUCCCAACAGAAGACCAAUUUUCAGUGGUAUCUCUCUCCUGCAGCCACAGUGGCACACUCAUUGCUAUACAGCCUUUCCCAUUUUGUGGUCCACGGACUCCCGCUCCCUACGGCAAGAGGUCAAUAUUUACACACACACCCUCAACCUCUCUAUGCAUUUUUUUUUUUCAAUUUUACUUUUUAUAA